AUGGAAGCCGCGCUGCGGGCCGCGGCCCCGGAGCCGGCCGGACCCCGCCUCUCACCGGACAACAAUUCCGCUCUGGGGAGAAGAUCGACAGUGGGAACAUGGCGCAGUUACUCUGCCUUAACUCCCCCCAGGAAACACUUCGGAGGCUCGGUUCGUAGCGCACAAGUGUCCCUAGGUUGACCAACAGGGAGCGCGCAGGCGACCGCGGACGACUUGUGCUGAACUUUGCUGUGGAUGGUGACUGAGCGCCUCAUUGCUGCUGUGGGAUGAAAGUUUGGAGCUGCUGUCGCCGGACGUAGCGGAGAUGGAAAAACAGAGGACGAGGAAAGAGAAGUUCUCCCUGUUUGGUUCACGCUCCACCAGCAGGACCACCGACCCUCCCCACUGCUCCUCCCCAGUGACCCCGUCAGCCCCGACACUGAAAAGGGCAGGCCGAGCGCCUGGCUCCAGCCCGGCAAGUCUGAGCAAAGCAGAGUUCCUGGAGCGUGUGCGUCGCAGUAACCAGGCCUGCCAGCAGGGGGAGUACGCUGUGGCUGUGCACCUCUACAGCGAGGCCCUGACCGCCGACCCCCAGAAGUGUAUCCUGUACAGUAACCGCUCCGCAGCCCACCUCAGACUCGGCCCCAGUGACCCCUGA